AUGGCAGCACCAAGAAAAAAAAUUAACAAUAAUCCUGAUACCACUAAUAUAGAAGAUUUGACCGCAUACCUACAUGAACAAUUAUCGAAACGCAUUUUUUUCCUCGAUGGAGGAAUGGGCACUGUGAUUCAAGAUCUUCGGCUGACAGAAGCAGAUUUUCGUGGCGACCGCUUCAAAGAUCACCCAAAAGAUCUAAAGGGUAAUAAUGACAUUCUGGUUCUGACACAGCCUCAUCAUAUCAAAAAUAUUCAUUUGCAGUAUCUUGAGGCUGGUGCCGAUUUUUUGGAGACGAACACAUUUUCGUCGACUUGUAUUUCUCAGGGUGAUUAUGCGGCAGAAAAAUAUGCAUAUGAAUUGAAUAAAGUAGCCGCGCAACUUGCAAAAGAAGCAUGUGUUGAAAUUACCGCCAGGGAUCCAAGUAAACCACGAUUUGUAUGUGGGGCUAUUGGUCCCACGAAUCGUACAUGCUCUAUUUCCCCUUCUGUCGAAAAUCCUGCUUAUCGUAAUGUGACAUUUGAUGAAUUAGUUGAGGCAUAUAGCGAACAAACCCGAGGACUUUUGGAUGGUGGUGCAGACAUCUUAUUGGUUGAGACUAUCUUUGAUACGUUGAAUGCUAAAGCUGCACUUUUCGCUAUCGAUACUAUUUUUGACCAAGGAUAUCGACGAACACCAAUAUUUAUAUCAGGGACAAUUGUUGAUAUGUCUGGUCGUACAUUGAGUGGUCAGACCGGAGAAGCAUUUAUUGUUAGUGUCAAUCAUUCUAAUCCGCUUGCGAUUGGACUAAAUUGUGCUUUAGGGGCUGACCAAAUGCGCCCGUUUAUAAAGAACAUUGCACAAUUUUCUGGAUCCUACGUUUUAUGUUAUCCUAAUGCGGGUUUACCAAAUACGUUUGGAGAAUACGAUGAAUCUCCUGAAAUGAUGUCAAAAGCUGUAGCUGAAUUUGCAAAAGAUGGAUUCAUAAACAUAUUAGGAGGCUGUUGCGGCACUACACCAGCUCACAUCAAAGCCAUUGUAGAAGCCUGCUCUAAAUAUAAGCCACGUGUCCCAUCACCAGAUGCUUCUCUAGAGAACAUGAUGAUUUCUGGACUGGAAAUUCUAAAAAUUAACAAAGACACUAAUUUUGUAAAUGUGGGAGAACGAUGUAAUGUUGCCGGGUCUCGUAAAUUCUGCAGGCAUAUUCUCAAGAAUGAGUAUGAGGAUGCUAUGACUAUCGCUAGAGCACAAGUUGAAAAUGGGGCUCAAAUAGUUGAUGUUAAUAUGGAUGAAGGAAUGUUGGAUGGAAAAGCGGCCAUGACGAAAUUCCUGAAUCUCAUAGGAAGUGAUCCUGACAUUUCUCGAGUUCCGUUGAUGGUGGAUUCUUCGAAUUUCGAAGUUUUGAUGGCCGGGCUCAAGUGUGCACAAGGGAAAUGCAUUGUCAACAGUAUCAGUUUGAAAGAAGGUGAAAAGGAUUUCAUAAAUAAAGCGAAAAUUAUUCGUAGAUUUGGGGCUGCUGUUAUUGUUAUGGCCUUUGAUGAAAUUGGACAAGCGGCUGAAUGUGAGCGUAAAGUGGAAAUUUGCACGCGUUCUUACAAAAUUCUCACUGAAAUAGUCGGAUUUAAUCCUAAUGAUAUUAUAUUUGACCCGAAUAUUUUGACAAUAUGUACUGGAAUGGAGGAACAUAACAAUUACGGUGUAGAAUUCAUCGAGGCUACGAGGAUCAUCAAGAAGACUUUGCCAGGAGCUAAAAUAAGUGGCGGAGUUUCGAAUCUUUCAUUCGCGUUUCGUGGAAUGGAUAAAAUUCGAGAAGCGAUGCACAGUGUGUUUUUAUAUCAUGCUAUAAAAGCAGGCAUGGACAUGGGCAUUGUGAAUGCAGGAUUUCUGACAAUCUACGAUGACAUUCCCAAAGAUUUACUAGAACUCUGCGAGAAUGCUGUAUGGAAUCGUGAUUCAGAGGUCACUGAGAAAAUCCUGAAUUAUGCUCAAACCUAUGGAAAAUCCGCGAAACGCGAAGAAGCUGAAGAAGAAUGGAGGAACAAUAAUGUUCAAACCAGAAUCAGUCAUGCGCUAGUUAAAGGGAUAACAAAAUAUAUUAUUGAAGAUACGGAAGAGGCUCGGCUACAGUAUGAACGCCCGUUAAAUGUAAUUGAGGGACCAUUGAUGGCAGGGAUGAGUACUGUUGGCGAUUUGUUUGGCGCAGGAAAAAUGUUUUUGCCGCAAGUCAUCAAAUCUGCUCGAGUUAUGAAAAAAGCAGUCGCACAUCUCAUUCCAUUCAUGGAAAUAGAAAGACAAGCAAAAUUGGCCGCUGAUCCUCAAGGCGAAGACAUUGCUCCUCAGCAUUCUGGUGUUGUUGUCUUGGCUACAGUAAAAGGUGACGUGCAUGAUAUUGGAAAGAACAUAGUUGGUGUUGUGCUUGGCUGCAAUAAUUACAAAAUUAUUGAUACCGCACUUCAAGAAAAAGCGGAUAUUAUUGGUUUAUCUGGUUUAAUUACCCCGUCUCUUGAUGAAAUGAUUACUGUUGCUAAAGAGAUGGAAAGACGCUCGUUAAAGGUUCCAUUGCUGAUUGGUGGAGCAACAACUUCCAAAGCUCACACCGCAGUCAAGAUUUCACCUCAAUAUAGUCAACCAACCAUACACGUGCUCGAUGCCUCAAAAAGUGUCGUGGUGGUAUCGAAUUUACUGGACAAAGGUUCGAAACAAGAAUUUUGGGAGGACAUUGCCGACGAAUAUGAAGAAAUCCGCGAAGAUCAUUAUUCGUCAGUACAAGACAAGAAAUAUCUGUCAUUAACAGCUGCUCGAGAAAGUGGAUAUAAAAUAAAUUGGGCAGAGCAAUCUCCUCCUGUGAGACCUGCGUUUAUCGGGAAAAAGGUUUUCAAGGAUUAUGAUUUACAAAGAAUUUCAGAGUAUAUUGACUGGAAUCCGUUUUUCCAAGUCUGGUUGGCAGAUAUCCUAAUCGUGGAUUCCCAAAGAUCUUUAAUGACGAGCAUGUUGGCAAGAGCAGAAGCAAAAAAAAUAUAUGAUGAAGCUCAAGCCUUCAUUGCGAAAAUUAUUGAGCAAAAGCUUUUUACUGCAAGAGGAAUUGUUGGCAUAUAUCCAGCAAAUAGCGUGGAUGAUGAUAUUCAGUUGUAUGAACAUGAAAGCAGAGAAAAAGUGACUGCCACGUUCUUUGGACUAAGACAACAAUUCGAGAAAGAAACCAACGAACCAUACUUUUGCCUAUCAGACUUUAUAGCACCAAAAGAAUCCGGUAUUCCCGAUUACCUUGGAGUGAUGGCCGUAGGAAUUUUCGGUACAGAACAACUCUGCGAGAAAUUCGAAAAAGAACAUGACGAUUACAGUGUCAUAAUGACAAAAGCAGUGGCUGAUCGUUUUGCAGAAGCUUUCGCAGAAGUGCUUCAUCAAGAUAUAAGGAGAGAAUUGUGGGGAUAUGCGCCGAAAGAGCAUCUUAAUUUGAAUGAAUUGUUGUCAGUCAAGUAUAAGGGAAUACGACCUGCACCUGCGUAUCCUUCGCAGCCUGAUCAUCGAGAAAAAGAGACAAUUUGGAAAUUGGCAGAUGUAGAACAAGAGACGGGGAUUCAGUUGACAGAAUCUUAUGCUAUGUUACCUGCUGCUAGUGUUUCAGCUUUGAUUUUUGCAAACCCCGAAUCACAGUACUUUGCCGUAGGCAAGAUUGGAAAAGAUCAGAUACUAAGCUACACCAAGCGAUCUGGUCGCAAUCUCGAAGAAACAGAAAAAUGGCUUCGUCCUAUACUUAAUUAUGAUUAA